CGCGCGCUAAGGCGCCUGCUCAGCCCCUGAUGCUCUUGCUGAGGCUGAAGCUGCCAGUUUCCCCAACUAGUAGAGGCGGCUUUGCCCAAGACAAGGGAUCUUUCCGAUGGAGUCCUAGAGAGGAAGGCUGAGGCACUUCCGUACCAGAUUUCCUUCUCAGAAGCUGAUACUAGCGAGCGCAUCCAUUCCGGUUCCUCACAAGCUCCUGGACCCUCCAGACCAGCUUCAGUUUCAGCCACUUUGUAUAUAUUGGAAUAACAGUAUGGGAUUGCUAGACCGACUUUCAGGUUUGCUUGGCCUGAAGAAGAAGGAGGUUCAUGUUUUGUGCCUUGGGCUGGAUAACAGUGGCAAAACAACAAUCAUUAACAAACUUAAACCUUCAAAUGCUCAAUCUCAAGAUAUAGUUCCAACAAUAGGAUUCAACAUAGAGAAAUUCAAAUCAUCCAGUUUGUCUUUUACAGUGUUUGACAUGUCAGGUCAGGGAAGAUAUAGAAAUCUCUGGGAGCACUAUUAUAAAGAAGGACAAGCCAUUAUUUUUGUCAUUGAUAGUAGUGAUAGACUCAGAAUGGUUGUGGCCAAAGAAGAGCUUGAUACUCUUCUGAAUCAUCCAGAUAUUAAACACCGUCGAAUUCCAAUCUUAUUCUUUGCAAACAAAAUGGAUCUUAGAGAUGCAGUGACAUCUGUAAAAGUGUCUCAGUUGCUGUGUUUAGAGAACAUCAAAGAUAAACCAUGGCAUAUUUGUGCUAGUGAUGCCAUAAAAGGAGAAGGAUUGCAAGAAGGUGUAGACUGGCUUCAAGAAAAAACAGUACAAUCAGAUCCAGUCUGUGAAGACAUGAAAAGAUAGGAUCUAGAAACCUCAACAAUUUUGAAUCCAAGGAAUAUAUUUAAUAUAAACUAAGUACUUUAAAAUCUUUUAAAGGUGUGUGUGCAUCCAGGAAUACUUUAUAAUAUUCUGUUUGCAUUAAUGGACUUUGAAGAACUUUUUAAGACCAUAGGAAUUUCAGGUAUGCUAAUCUGGCUAUUUGUUACAUAAAAACUAAAUCUUUCCUUAAAAGGAAUCCCUAGAAUUAUCAACUUUUUGGUAAAGAUCUACAUUUGAUUGUAAUCAGAAUGUUUGAAAAAGUUAUGAGCCAUCUCAAUAUCCCAUCAUGAUUUAUGAUCUUUAAUGUAUUUUAUUUUUGUCUUUUUAAAUAUGUAGUUUAUGGUAUGAUUUUGCAGUAUGAAUUGUGCUUUUGAAAAUAGCUUUAAAUAUUUAUAAAGGACCAUGGAUAAUUAAUAUAUAUAUUAAUUUUUUAGUAUGUGUCACUAUCAAUAAAACAAAAAAGGCAGUUUACCAACUUGCAUGGUUUGUUUUUGCUGAAAAAAAAUAAUAUUGUGUAAUGUGGUAUUUGGUGUUUUACUGCCAACAUUUGCACAUAAUCUGAGGCCAAGAUAAACAAAUUUUUUUUAUUCAAUGUGUUUUAGAUAUCUCUACCCUGAACAGUCAGGCAUAGUCCCAAGACAAUGGUGAUACAAAAUACAUUAAGUCAUUCCUUAUUUUCACAGAACUUAAAAUAUAAUGAGGGAGAAUCUGAGCACCUUUUCAAACAUGGCAAAUAAUUUCAUUUUAUUAGCUGAAUGAAAAUAUUACAUCUUUAGAUUUAAAGUAAAACAGUAAAUUAAUGUUGGACUUUAACAAUUAUCAUAAGUUGUUUUUUCCUUUAAAAUGCCUCUGUGUUGGUCACUUUUCUGUUACUGUAACAAAAUUCCUGAGAUAAUCAAUUUUUUAAAAAGGAAUAGUUUAUUUUGACUCACAGUUUUGGAAAUUUCAGUCAGUGACUAGCUCCAUUGCUUUUGGGCCUGUGUCAGAGCAUCAUAAGGGGAGCAUGCCACAGAAGCUACUCACCUUAUGGAAGCUCCGAAGCAAGAGAGUAAGAGGAGAAUCUCUGGUCCCAGUAUCAAGUGCACACCCAGAAGGACAGGACCUCACUUCCUUUCCCUAUGCCUCACCUUCAAAGGUUCUUCUACCUCCCAGUGGCACCAUGGUCUGAGUUCUAAGCCUUCAAUACAGGGGCCAAUGGGAGACAUUUGAGAUACAAACAAUAGCAGCCUCCAAACAACUAUAGUAGUACCUUGUUAAAAUAUGCCUACACAGACUUGAAAGUAAGCUGCUAUAUAAAUGUUCUUUGGAAUUUUGGACAUCUCAAGCACACCAGUUGUGUUACUUUUCACAACUUAAAGACCACUUAAAUUGUGAACUAUAAAUAGAAGAUUUUGUUUUAAAUUAAUCACUGAGAAACAGUUCAUAAGUCAGUGGUGUCAAUCCUGAAAACAUUAAAUAUAAAGAAAAACAAUGGAAUGUAUAGUAUCUUAAAUUUCCUUAGCUAUGAGAAUGAUAAAAACAGAAAGAAAUACAGAGGGUUAAUAAUACCAAUGUGUUUUAGUAACCACAAUAGUGAUUUUUUUUAACAGAAUUCUUACUAACUUUAAAACUACAGUAAAAGUUCUAUAAUACAGUUUCUCAAAAUCCAAAAAUACCAGCAAUCUUAUAUUUGUCAAACUGAAAGUUAUUCAGAAUAUUCCAAUGGUCCAACAUUUUGCCAGCAUCUCAUAAAUUUUUUGAUAAGGAUAAAAAUGAUCAUUGAUCUAGAGUUGCCUCAAAUAUAGAAAAGACAUUAUGAUGAAAAUACUGAAUGUGAUUUUUUAAAAAAUGAUAUAACUAAUUUACAGGAUAGAAAAAGACAUUCAAAUCCUCACCUACCAUAAGAAAUAGGAACAUGCGCUGGGGUUUGUGCUCAGUGGUAGAACAUUUGCCUAGCGUGUGUGAAGCUGUAAGGUGCUAGGUUUGAUUCUUAGCACCACAUACAAAUAAAUAAAAAUAAGUGUCCAUUGACAACUAAAAUAUAUAUUAUAUUGUAUAAUUAUAUAAUAUAUAUAAUUAAAAAGAAAAUAGUAACAACAGUAAUAAUUAUCACUAUAGGAAUACAAAAUCAUGAAUCAAAUAUUAUUACACAUUCAGAAUUUUACACUAUUUAAUCCUCACAAUAACUUUAUGUGGUUAAGUUCUGUUAUUUGUUAUAUGGAUUAGGAAACUAGAACUUAAAGUGGUUAUGUAACUUGCUGCAGGUCACAACUAGUAAAUGGUGUCACUGAAAUUCAGUACCCCACAAUCUGUUUAAGAGGGAUGAGUCAAGAGAAUUAGUAUAGGUAUUAGAAGUACAGAUUUAUCUGCCCCCAAAAAUGACUAAAAUGUCUGAGAAGACCAGGAUGGAGCCAUACUAUGAAGGUCAGAGGCCAGGGACUACUGUCUGUUUUUCACUUUUUUCUUUUGUUUGUUUGGUGGUGCUGGGGAUCGAACCCAGGGCUUUGUGCAUGCUAGGCAAGCACUCUACCAACUGAGCUAUUUCCCCAACCCUCACUUUUUUCCUUUUUGUUUUAAGACUAUUAAUAUUAUUUAUAUUUUAAACUCUGAGAGUAAAUGACUUUGAUAAAAAUAAUUCUCAAAGCUAUUUUGAUGCUAAGUUAAUUCUCUACAAGCUAUGUUAACUGAAACUGUUAUGUGUGUUUUUUCAGAAGGAGGAAAAGUACUGACUCUUAUUUCUAUGAUCUCCAAGAUCUAGGUUAUAGUUUACAAAUAUCUAUUCCUUAUCUACAUUUUUGUGUAGAAAUUCUGUAGAAGUAAGUUGAGUAACAAUACAGAUGUGUGUACAAGCCAAAAUUAUUGCAUUUCUAUUUAGCAUAUAACUAAAAUGUACCUUAUAAAAGCUGAAACAAGUUUUUUUUUCAUGUUUGGACACCACUAUAUUAUAAAGUUUAGUUCAUUAAGCUCUGCAUUUGAAUAUAAGACCUUGUAAAAUGUUCAAAUGUUUUACAUUUAAAUAUUUGUAUGUGGCCUUACUAAGCCUGUGUUUUAUGAAUAACAAAAGGGCUGAGUUUUAUAUAUUUGUUUUCUAUUUAGAAACUGUCUACUAAAAAUAAUGGAUUAUCCUCUAAUUGCUUUAAGAUUUUUUUCCCCCUUAAUAUUUUGGCACACAAGUGUUGUGUUAUAUGCAGUUAUCCUUGAGAAUACUUGUCUUAGUUUCAGCUACUAUAACACAGUACCAUGGACUUGGUGGUUGAUAAAGUGGGAAAAUUUUACUUCCCACUAUUCUGAAGGCUGGAAGUCUGAGAUCAGAGUGCCAACAUUAUAAAGUCUUGGUGAGAGCCCUCUUCCCAUUACAGAGUUCUUCUCAUGUGGUAGAAAAAGGCAAGAGAACUCUUUGGGUCCCUUUUAUCAGGGCAUUAACUCUAUUAUAUCCUUAUGUGACUCCACCCUAUAACCUAAUUACCUCCCAAAGGCCCUACCUCCUAAUAUCACAUUUGAGGUUGGGAUUUCAAAAUAGGAAAUUUGGAAGAAUACAAACAUUCAGUCUGUUUUAAUACUUAAGGCAAAUUCAUCAGUUGACAUUGUGCAUAUUUUCUGUUUUCUGAUUAUUCUGUCAUUUCUGAGUUUAAAAAAUAAAUGACUGAUUCUAGAAGUUCACCUAAAUGAAUAGGUGUGUAUACUUUGGCUGGAGGGCAAUACUGUAGUGACUGAGAAAUUAUUCUGUGUUUAAUUGAAUGUUUUAGGUAAUAUAGUUAUUGCAUUUUUAUAGUGAAUCUUAGUAUGGAUGUUUCUGCUCAGGUUUGUAAGGGUUACUUCAGAAUCAUUACUUUGUUUUGAUCACUUAGUUUUAAUGCCACAUUUAGGGGCUUCAUCAAUUAGAAAUGUCAAGCUUUCUGGCAUUUGGAAUAAAUCAGGAAAGACAAAUUCCUUCUUCAAAUUUCAAGUCACCAAGCAAUAUGAGAAGAUAUCCAGGAAUAGUAGUUAUCUUAAAAUAAAAUUUGUUUAGAAAUAUAAUAAUGAUAAAUAUCUUUAUAAUUUUUGCUAUUUGUACUUUGUAAACACCUUACAUAUAUUAAUUCAAUUAAUUCAUUUAAUCAUCAUAUCAACCCUGUAAAGUAAAUGCUCUUAUUAUCUGUCUUAUAUGGAUCAGGGGUCAGCAAACUGUUAACCUAUUUUUGCAUGGUCUUUGAGCUAAUCAUGAUUUCAUAUAUGUAAAGGAUUAUAUUAAAAAAGGAGAAGGAGCAUCAGAGAGUGUGUAUGGCCCAUAAAGCCUAAAAUGUUUACUGUACAGAUCUUUUGCACAAAAACUUUGCUGAACUCUUAAUAUUGAAAAUGAGGCAAGAUAGGUUAAGUAAUAUGUUUAAGUUCAUGCUGCAAACAUAUUGGAAAACCUGGGUUUAUAGUCUAGAAGAUCUGGCACCAAAUUUAUGUGUUCUUAAUCUCUAUAUGAUUUCUCAAAACAGCUAAAGACUAACCUAAAAUGUAAUAGGGUAAUUUGAAAUUACUUAUUAAAUAAUUACUAAAAAUGAAACAUUAGGUACCAACCAAUGGCUUGAAAGUAAUGUUCUUUGAAACCUCCUUUCCCCCUUCCCCAUAAGAUUGAUAGGCAAGUCUUUGCCCUGUACAGUCAUUUUCCUUCCUUUUCUUUAAAUGGGUGGCAAGAGAUUGACGGAUUGUGAAGCAUCAGAUUGUCCCCAAGGAUCUGGCUUAGACUUCCAGGUUUCCCCAAUAAUCUUAUUUUGAGAUAAAUGAUAACUAGUGUUGAUGGUCUUGAAAUAUGUAUAAUAGAAUGUGGAAACAUUUAUAAUUCAGUUUGUACAUAUUAAGUUAUGUGAUCAUAAGUAACAACUAUAACUAAAAAUAUUUUCUUAAUUACAAACAUAGUUAAUGCUUUUGUUCUCUCUAUACACUUCUUGGCCCCAGACAUGAGAAUUCUUUCUCAGGAAACAUGCAGCAGAGUAGAGUACACAAAAUGCCAACUUUCUUGCCAGAGGAUCAGAAAGGGGAGAUCCUCAAUAUAAACCUGUGUCCCAAACUUUGAAAACUAAGCUACAAAAUAGACUCUGACUCAAGUUCAAGAUUGGCCCCUGGGCGGCAUACAUAUGGGCUAGAUAGGAACAAAAAUGCAAACGUUUGAAAACAUAAAAUUGAAACAAAUCCUUACAAGACUUGUAACUUUAGGCCUAAACCCAACCAGGUUGAACUCCUACUAAAAUCAUCAGCAUCUCUAUAGAAUUUAAACAAGAUUUAGACUCAAAAUUAUAUUCCAGAGGUCAAGAAGAAAAUCCAAAAUAUCUAAGUAUACAAAAAUCAGAGGGGAAAAAUGACAUAGGCAAAGAAAAGGCAAUGUCAGGUAAUACAGAUCUUAGAAAUAUCUGACAAAGACUUUAAAACAGGUAUUAUAAAAAUGCUCAAAGUGUAAACAUAUGGAGAGGUAAAAAGUCUCAGCAUAAAACUGGAAGAAAUGAAUGAAAAGUUUAGAACUGA